AUGGAUGCCAUGAAGGAAGAGGACAUCUAUGACUUUCUACCAGAGCAUUUGUCUACAGACAUGAAGGAUGAGGACAUCUAUGACUUUCUACCAGAGCAUUUGACUGCAGACAUGAAGGCGAUUAAAGAGGAGGACCUUCAUGAUUUCCUCCCAGAGUAUUUGUACAGAACUAAGGAGGAAGAGAAUGAAACUGACACAUCAGAUAUGAAAGAAGAAGCCCUGGACAUGAAAAAGGAACCAGAGUCUUCUCGAAUGGAACAGAAUGCACACAUGACUCCAUCAGGUGAACUCCAGGCAGCUCAUAAUAACAUAGACCAACACCAGUGUGCCACAUGUGGGAAAGGAUUUGCAUUGAAGGCAUAUCUCAAAGAACACCAGAGAAUCCAUACUGUAGAAAGGCCUUACCAGUGUGCCACAUGUGGGAAAGGAUUUGCAUUGAAGUCAUAUCUCAAAAAACACCAGAGAUUUCACACUAGGGAAAGGCCUUACCAGUGUAAUACAUGUGGAAAAGGCUUUACACAGAAAGGUGACCUUGUGACCCAUCAGAGAAUCCAUACUGGAGAAAAAACAUGUCAGUGUUCAACAUGCGGUGCAGCCUUUUCACAGAGAAGCUCUUUAGCUGAUCACCAGAGAAUCCAUACUGGAGAAAGGCCUUACCAGUGUGCUACAUGUGGAAAAGGCUUUGCCAGGAGAAAUGUCCUCAAGCGGCAUCAAAUAACCCAUACUGGAGAAAAAACAUAUCAGUGUUCAACAUGCGGUGCAGCCUUUUCACGAGGAAGCCACUUAGCUGGUCACCAGAUAAUCCAUACUGGAGAAAGGCCUUACCAGUGUGCCACAUGUGGAAAAGGCUUUAAACAGAAAAGUAAUCUCAUCAAGCAUCAGAGAACCCAUACUGGAUAAAAUCCUUACCAGUAUACUACAUGUGGAAAAGAUUUUACACGUAAAGAUAACCUCAUCACCCACCAGAAAAUCCACAUUGACAGCAACUAACAGCAGUGCAGAAGUCUGUGAAGAGCAUCUGCAAGUUGAGACUGGAGAACAAGACCUGUUGCACUGUUUACCAUCUGCAUGUUGUAUAGGAAUCAUACUUGUUGUAAAUUCAGUUGUAUUGUACAUUUACUAAGAUAUUCAACAUCAAUGUAUUUGAUUUAUUUGUGUUGAGGAUCAUGAUAUAGAUGAUACUAUGUACAGAAAAUGACAAGUCAAUGUAAUUACAAUAGACUAUAAACUGUGGUUUUAA